CUCUGGGAAAGGGCCCAUACAAACUGGUCAGCUAUUUGGAUGGAAAAUUUCUGAUGGCAGUGAAAUUGAUGGGUGGAGUUGUUUUCCCAGUGAGAGAUGAAGAUACUCUUCCUGGACACGUAGUGAGCUUUAUGCUGACUUCAGGACUUUAUAAACCCAAAGCACAUGAUUCCAACUUGAUAUCAUUUGAAACAGCUGAGAGACCAAACUAUUUUCUUCACUUGGUCUCCAAUAAUACUCUUGUUCUUUCUAAAUGGAAAAAAACUGAAGAGUUUCACAACAGAUCCACAUUUGUCAUUCACAAGAAUACAUGGAUUUCAGGAUACAGUUCCUUUGAGUCAUUUGCAAAGCCAGGAUAUUUCAUCCACAUUUCAGCCUCUUCAGUUGAGCUUGUGAAGUACCAUCAUUCAGAGGAAUUCAGACUGUCAACCCUUUUUAAACUUGUAGAUGUCAAAUUUAAAUUUCUGUCCCGUUCUACAUGUGAAUGGCGUUAUGAUGCCUGUACAAGUCCUUGUUUCAAGACAUGUAGAGACCCUUUGGGAAAAAACUGUCAGACAGUACCAAAAGUGGAAGGAUGUAUCCCUGCCUGCCCUCUCAAUAUGUUGCUGGAUGAAAUCACUCAAAGAUGCGUGUAUUUUGAAGACUGCAUUGAACCUACAGAUGAUAUUCUGCCUUUGCCUCCCAGCAUUCAAACACCAGCAGUUCCAUACAUAACAUCAAGUGCAAGUUUGGCAGCGAUUGGUGAAGUGUUAACUUCAUUUCCUGUGUCUGAAGCAAAGGACGUGGAAACGACACUUGCUACAAAAUUGCAGCUCACUGCAACUACAGGGAAAACUGAAUUUUCAGCUGUUACAUCUAAUAUAACACUUCCAACCUUAUCAUCAAAUAUUUCAUCACAGUCAACAGAAAUGACAUCUGGGAGAAGCACUAAAGCAAUAUCUGGGGCAACAAAAUCUGGUGUAAGCUUGUUUGCUUCUGUUGACAUUUCUCCUGUGUUUACAUCAACUGUCAGUUCAGAAACUUCCACAAAGAUACAAGUGAUCAGUAGUGGUUCCACUAAACUACUGAGGGCCACAGAAUCUCAGACACUAACUGCUACACAUGCAGUGACAGAGUCAGAAAGUAAACCGAUUACUACUUCUGUUUUUACUGGGACACCACUCAUACUUAGAACAACAGAAAUGCCAGUCAAAACCAAAACAAUGGAAAUAUCAGAAAUAGCCAUAAGAACACUUCCCACAAAAGAAGCUCAAGUAAAGCCAGAAGGAGUUGUAAGGUUUACACCCAGUUCAUUUGAAUCAGUAACAGAUAAAACUACUGCAUAUGUGCCACAGUUUUCCAGAUCACCACCUGUGGAUGAACCUUCAUAUACACCACCAGUAAACUUAACAGGAACUUCAGAAGAGACAAAAAUUGGUGUAGAACAGUCUUUUAGCACAGUAGCUAAUGUUACAGUAACAUCAGUUUCUCCUAUGCUCACUACUUCAUCUUUGCUAAAACCUGUGUCUUCAGCAACAGCAGCAGCUGUUUUAACCAAGCAAAGUGUGAAGACAACAUUUUCGCCAACAUCCAUGCCAUCUAUUUCAUUAGGAAAGGCAACUAUAGAACCUGCUUUUGCAAUGGUUCAACACCUGACUGGUACUCCAGAGGUACCUUUCACUACAACUCUAGGUCCAAAGAAGACAACUCUACAAACUCAAGAGAGGUCAUCAGAAACGACUUUGUUAUCACUUGCAACUCAUAAAAAGGAAAUUGCCAAAACAUCAUCUCAUGUGGAGCAUACAUCAAGUUCCUAUUUCCCUCCAUAUUCUCUACACCCUAGUUCUACAACUGAAAGAUCUUUCACUUUUUCCACAAAAAGACCUUCAGUGUCUGUUCCUACUCCUGCUUCUCCAGCUUCAGGUGAAUUUAAAAAAACAUUUAAAACUGUUUCAACUACAGGUUAUCCCUCAUACACAGUUCUAAAUACAACACAGUUCCUGACUACAUUGUACACUAAGUAUCCUCUUGUGGCUGAGACUAUCAGAGCGACACCUUCGUCUGUUAAAGUAACAUCCAGAAUAACAUCCCCUUUUGAAUUAGCAGCAAAGACAACUUUGUUUUCUGGAAAAACAUCUACCGAACACAAGUCAACUCUGGUUUCAAGUGCAGCCAAGAAAAGCACUUCAGCAUAUUCAGGUAGUGUUACCACACCAGAAGUGAAAGUCAAAGAAACCACCACAGUUCCUUUUGUAGCUACAGAAAGAGAAUCAUCUCAAAGAACAUCCAUCACUGAAUCUCCACUUACUCUCCUUAGUGGAACUGAAACUGCAUUAUUGACAACACAGCCUGAUAAAUCACAAGUGGAAAGUAUUACUACCACCUCUACUAGACAGCCAUCUGCCUUGACUUUUUCACCAUCAGGUUCUCUAAUCCCUUUAAACAUUACUCUUCCUUCACUACCCUCAGAUGGAAAAGAAGUAUUACUGACAACUCUCAGUCCCAUACAUACAUCCCAUGAAACAAUCUCUUUGUUUCCAGUAACAAAGUCUUCUUACACUUUCUCUACCUCUCAGUAUCUAGGAGAUAAGUUAGUUUCUUCUUCUUCUAUAACCCAACGGAUACCAGAAGUAACAACCACACCAAAAUCUUCAAUAGAAACUAAAACAGUUUCUACAGCACUGAAACCUACAAUCCAAAGUAUAACAGAUACAGUGGAACUUACAUCAGCUGCAGCUCAGCCAUCCCUGCCUCCAUCUUCAGCAGGCCCCUUCUCUUGGCAGACAUCUUCGGGAGAUAAACUUCCAGUAGAGACCACAAAGACCAUGGUUACACCACAUUUUUCUACUCAGAAGAUUAUGGAGCUUGAUCAUCAGACUUCUGAACCUUCCCUGGUGAGCCAAAGCAUUACCCCAGUUUACCAGUAUCCUGCAGAAACUCUAACAAAAUCCACUGGUCAGCCACGUGCCUUUGGCACAACGGAAGCUACAGUGAAACUGACUUCCUUAUACCCAUUAACCACCUCACUACCUGAGGGCAUUCAUUCAAGUGUAUUGCCUUCCUCAGUAGGUCCUACAAAAGUUCUUUUACCAACUGAAAAAUAUUUACAUUUAACUGAUUCAGUCACGCUGCCACAUGUAUUAAGAACUUCUGUCUUGCAGUCUGCAGUCCCAACUAGAACAACAGCUGGCUUUAUUUUUGGCACCAAAAUUCCCUCUUUCUCACCAGAAGUGCUUGCAACUUCCUCCUCUUUAACAACAAUUAAAAAGGAGCCAUUUCCUUCAUUUUCCACACAAAAGGCAGCUACGGAUCUAAAAUUCACUCGCCAGGCCUCGGUCACUGAAUCACUUGAUUCAAGACAAACACUUGGAACAACCUCAUCUUCACCAAGUUCUAAGUCAACCUCUUCAAUGGUUUUGUUACCAGAAACAACAGAAAUUCCCAUUGUGAUGGGGAGUGGGCCAUCCACAUCAACAAGCAAAAGUGAUACAGAGAAAACUGCAGUGUUGCCUAAGCAGGUGACGACCUCAACCACCACCUUCAGUUCCACGUUUGUGGCAAGUACAGCUGCAGCUUCAGCCUCUUCAGUGAUGAGCAGUGCUGGGCAAAAUGUUAGUAUUGCAUCAGCAAUUUUAGGCAAAGCGGAAGCAGUCACAGAACCCACCACAAGUGCUGUGAAGCCCAGUUCUCUUACUUCAGAAGCAAAAGGAGCCGUGUCCCUUGACACAGUAAAAUCUGAAGAGCCACAAUUACCAACCCAAGUCCAACCUGUUCUUACUCAGGGUGUUACCGUUAGCCCAGAAACACCUCAGACAUUUUACUCUCCAUAUUUCACAAAUAAAACUUCAGUUCUCUCCACUAUACAUUCAUCUUCUGAAACAAAACCACUUCCUUCUGUAGCUGCAUCAUCAGUCAGUACUGCUCAAAGUUCAAAACUUGAAACAUCAUCUGAGGUGCGAACACCUUCUGUGAGUUCACUGCUAACGGUAUCUGAUCAUCCAAAUGACACAACAGCUCCAUCAGUUUCCUCGUUGACCUAUUUAUCUACCAAACCACUUCAUGGCUUAACUACAGCACUUUCUGAUGGACUGGCAACAGCUGAAGCCGUGUCAGGAGUGACAGCAUCACCUUUUAUGGUGCCUCAAGAAACAGCAACUCUUCAAACUUGUACACCAAUCACAGAGGAUGAGUGCAUAAAACACAUUUGCUUGGAUGGACAACUGAUCCAAGUUAAUAAGUCCCAGAACUGCCCAUACAAUGCAACUCAGCCCAGCUGUGGAGUUUUAGGAUUUGCUAUUCAAAUGAAUGGUGACAAAUGCUGCCCAAAGUGGGAAUGUGCAUGUCGUUGCACCAUUUUCUCUGAUCUGAGCAUUGUAACCUAUGAUGGAAAUCAUUUGGCUUUAUUCAAAGAAGCAUCCUACAUUGUUAGUCAAACUCGAGAUGAAACUAUAACCAUCCAUGUCCUUGACUGUAGAAUGAGUAACUUAAAUUCAACUUCUUUGUGCCUGGCAAUGUUGAAUCUAACCUAUGUAUCAAACCAAAUUAUUAUCAAUCGUUUAAGUAGAAAAAUAACAGUAAAUUCAAGAUCUGCUUGGCCUACUGUAAGAAAAUAUGGAUACAAAGUUGAAGAUUCAGGCUUCAAGUAUGCGGUUGAGACCCCAUCAAAAAUCAGAAUUCAGUGGUUUCACAACACAGGUGUGAUGAUUAUUGAGUUUAAUAGUAGCAGAGAACCAAGCACUUUGGGACUGUGUGGGUUUUGUGAUAGAACCUUGGAAAAUGACUUGAUGCUACCCAACAGGACAGUUUUAAGCAAAAGCAGUUCACCAUCGACUUUUAUAGACAGCUGGCAAGUGCCAGACACGUUAAAGUAUGCUGGAGAAGACAGGCAUCAGGAAACUAAUUGCUCACUCACAGACUGCUCAGAGUGCUUAAGAAUGGUGUUGAACCAGACCUUCAGCAGCUGUCAUCCUUACGUUCCACCUGAGCUGUUCUGUGAUAUAUGGGUUCAAGAUAUUGAGUACAUUCAAAAUCCAUGCAUUUCCCUAGCUGCCUAUGUGGCAAUGUGCCACAAAUUUAAUAUUUGUAUAGAAUGGAGGAGUUCUGAUUACUGCCCCUUCCCCUGCUCUGAAAACUUCUCCUAUCAGCCUUGUAUAGCUGCCUGUGAGGUUGCAGACAGUUGUCAGAAUAACGAGGUUGCUUCUCUGGAUUCAGACUCCUGUUCAGUGUUGACAGAAGGCUGUGUCUGUGCUGGAGGGACCAUCCUUCACCGAACUCAUACUGCUGUCUGUAUUCCUGAAGAAAAAUGUGCUUGUACAGACAGCUCAGGAACACCUCACGCAGUGGGUGAGAUCUGGAACACUUCUUCGAGCGGAUGCUGUAUGCAAAAAUGUGUUGACAGUGAGACUAUUAUUCCAGUGGAGUACAACUGUUCAGAUACCCACAAUUUAGACUGUCAGCGAUUUGCAGAAGUGGCCUUGCAUGUUCCUGGUGACCAGACCUGUUGUCCCCAGAAGAUUUGUAUUUGUAACCGGAGUCUCUGUGAACACCUAAUCCCUGAGUGUAAUGUCUUGGAAAAGCUGGUCACUUACUACAGUGAAGAGUCCUGUUGUCCCAACUACGUCUGUGAAUGUGAUCCAGAAAAAUGUGAACCAAUGGAGCAGAUGCCAAGCUGCCAGGACGAUCAAACACUGAUUGCUGCUCGGGUGGAGAAUACCUGCUGCAUUUCCUAUAUAUGUGCAUGCGGGGCUUGCUCUGAUCAAAUACCCAAAUGUCAAGAAGGAGAAGUUCUUAUUGUGGAUGGCAACACUACUGACAGGUGUUGCCCUACAUACCAAUGUAUUUGUGAAAUACAUCGUUGUCCUGAAUUCAAAUGUAUGCUGGGCAUGUCUUUGGUGGAGGUGUGGAGCCCAGAGAAGUGCUGCCCCUUUCGGACAUGUGAAUGUGCAUGUGAAACAAUCCCCAAACCUCAGUGCAAACUGGGGCAGAAACUUCAGAUAGAUGAACAGUUUCAGAACAGUACAGAAAACACCUGCAACUGUGUGAAGUACAAAUGUGUGAGAGACAAAGUUUGCCUGAGUAAUGAGAGAGGUGUGCUGCUUCCUGGACAGAGAAUCGUGGAACACAGUGCAGAUGGCAUCUGCCAUAUUUCUUACUGCACAAAUGUGAUUGAUCCUUCCACUAAAUACUACCAAAUAAACACAUCUUCGAUAGACUGUGCUAUCAAGUGCAAAGCUAACCAAGUCUAUCAGCCUCCAAAAGAUUUAACAACUUGCUGUGGUAGCUGCAAGAACUUGUCUUGUCUCCACACUUUCAGCAAUGGCACAGUUUCCAGUUUUAGGCCAGGUGCUGUUUGGAUUUCAAACUGCAUCAGAUAUGAAUGCACUAACACAGCAAUAGGACCGGUUCUGGUUUCCUCUGCAGUUGGUUGCCCACCCUUUAAUGAAACUGAAUGUGUGAAGGUUGGAGGCUAUGUUGUGCCAUUCUUAGAAGGAUGCUGCAAAACAUGUAAGGAAGAUGGAAAAUUCUGUAAGAAGGUGACUGUUAGGAUGACUAUCCGCAAGAACGACUGCAGGAGUAACACACCAGUGAACAUUGUUUCGUGUGAUGGGAAGUGCCCUUCUGCAAGCAUUUACAACUACAACAUCAACACGUACGCAAGGUUCUGCAAGUGCUGCAGGGAGCUCGGGCUGCAGAGACGGACUGUGCAAUUGUACUGCACCAGUAACUCAACCUGGGUCAGCUAUUCAAUCCAAGAGCCCACAGAUUGUUCUUGCCAAUGGUCUUAAAAAACCAAACAGAAAAAAAGGUAUAAAAGGAAAAAAACCAGCAAGCCCAGCUGUUCUCAGCCUAAGAUGAUUUUAAUAGUUUAUCUCUUAAAAAUAAA